UACAGCUUGGGCGCCAUACAUCAGUUGUAGGGCAACAAUGCCGCGCGGACUUCAGAACAUCAUUUGUGAACGUCAGUCUGAUUCUCGCAAACAUCACUGAAGGACACCGAGCUUCAUCUUCGCUUCAGGCAACACAGGAUCAUCUUCAAGAUGGAUGUGCAGUUGACUUUGAAAAUUCUGCAAACAGUCCUCGGAAGCGUUGGCAUCUUUGGUAACUUUGUGGUGGGCGUUGUCAUCGCCAAAGUGCCGGCCAUGAGAACACUGACCAACGCCUUCAUCUUCCAUCAGGCUGUAAUCGAUUUCCUUGGGUCCUUGUUAAUUGUUCUCGACAGCAACAUCGUAAUUCCGGCGGUAUUGCAUCGUAACGCGGUGAUUGCCGCCCUACAGUGCUUUAUUUUGGAAUCGAAUGUCAUUUUGUGGGUCAUUUACGUCGCCUCCACUCUGAAUUUGGUCAUGCUGACAACCGAGCGCUACGUCGCCAUUGUGUACCCGUUCAAGUACGUGACUUACUUCGGUAAGAAACAGGCCACGGGUAUGCUGGUCGCAGUUUGGGUGAUGGCCAUCGGCUACAAAGGCACUAGAUUUUUAUACCGUCAAAUUGUGGAUCGCGCCUGUGUGUUCACCAGUCUGUCUACCGCGGUGAGCUUAGCUGGGGGAAUUGUUGCGUUCCUCGUUGAGUAUCUGAUCCCAUUGAUCUUCAUGACUUUCUGCUACGUCCACAUCAUCCUUCAGCUGAAGAAAGCCUCGUCUACCGUCCACGUUGAGCCAUCAACCGGCCAGCAAGGAGACAACAGUAUGUCUGGCUCCCUGCUUCGCGCUCGACGUAACACGCUGAAGACCCUCUUCAUCGUCUUCGCGACGUACACCAUCUGCUGGUCGCCCAAUCAGAUCGCCUUCUUCAUGUUCAACUUCGGUUUUCCGCUGAACCUCAACGGCGCAUUCUACUUGAUCUCCGUGGCGUUGGUGCAGCUGAACUGUUGCAUCAACCCGAUCAUCUACUCCUUCAAGUACAAACAGUUCCAGACAGGUGUGCGAGUUUUGAUGAAGCCGUGCUGCCCUAAACUUGCUCCUGCACGAGAGGGAGAAUCGGUAGCGGUUGCACUGAGUCACCGUUGACAUUAAGAAUCAAGCUCGAGUCACCCUCACUCUGUAGCUGGGUGCAUCAGUCGAUAUCCUUGGCGGUAUAUGAGCUAACGUAAACCAAAAUAGGUGUAUGUAUACACAAGACUCUCACUGCGAAUUAAAUGAUUGUAUAGCACAAAGUGUUCCACGGUGUUUACAACUAAAUCAAAGUUUUACAAUACAUGUUAAACAGAGUAGAGACUGUAGAGGAACCCACAAGAAAGCCUAUAGAUCGUUAAGUGAGGCUGGGUGAGCCAUAGUCUUGAUGUCGAAGGUUCGCAUCCAGCCUAUUUCGAUAUUGGCACUAUUGCAAUCAAACUGACUCGAUUCUUGCAUAAAACGGACAACUAUAUCGGGAACAUUCGCAUUUUUUGGUUCCUAGUUCGACGCAAAUCUUCAGCUGUGCCAC